UUGCGUGUCUUUGUCUACAGUUGAGUGUCUUAAAAUGUCAAAUUAUUAACAAUUUUGUGAUGUAUGAUGGCUGUUUUGAAUUAAAUUCCUCACAAAAACGCCGCAAAAUGGGUAAGAUUCUUUCGUUGAUGGGCCGACCACUCCGGAAUUUUAAUGUCGAAAGCAGAGCUCAUAAAAUCAUUUCUCAGGAGAAACCAGUUCCCGCCCCAAAACACAAAAGUGAUCAACUUAUUUAUGAUGAAAUCAUGAAAAACCACCCUGAGGGAAGUGACGAGACUCAAAUAAAGCAUGUUCAGUUAGAUAAAUAUUUAAAAGAUGUGUAUGUAAAAUCACAUGAUCCUAAUCCACCACAAAAGGCACAAACUAAUCCUGAUAGACCACUUCCUCUUAAUAGACAUCAAGUUGAAGAAUAUGAGUAUGGUUUUAAAGAACCAGACAAGAUUCCUAUUGGAAAGACAACUCUACGACAAGCACUUCAAUUUAUCACUGACCAUCACAAUGAUUCAAAACUACACACACCUCAAAAAAUUGCGCAGGAUUAUCAGAUUCCAGAAGAAAGCAUAAAAAAUAUUUUAAAAUAUUAUAGAGUUUUUGAAGUCUAUAUUCCUGAACAAAGGAAAGUAAAAGCGAAAUUUGCUGGCCCAAGUGUACCAAGAAUUAAAGUUACAGCCCAGCCCAAAAAACAGUUAUCAUCUGGAAAAGAUAAGGAUGAUACAUAAUUGUUAAUUGAGUGUUAGGUGAAUUUUAAUAGUUUAUUAAUAUAAAAAUCGCAAUAUUAAGCGAUUUUAUCCCAUCUCCAGAUGGUUCCAUCAUCGCAUACAGCUAAUAAAAUAUUAGCAUCGCGGCUUAAGCUAGUCUGGCGGAUUGCUGUAACACAUCGUGGGUGUUGAAGCGUGUAACAUUUUGCAUGAGCAGGAUCUGCUACAUCCAAAUCCCAGACAAAUAUUUUUCCUGUUUGAUUACCAAGAGCUAAUAUCUGAAACACCUGUGUCACAACA